ACUAUUUUCAAACUGUCCUGUUGGAGAAGACCGCCAUACUGUGGUUUGUGUUCAGCAGUCAUCAUGAUUCACGCUGUGUCUUCUUUAGUGCUGACGACUGUGAAUGAAAUUCCGAAGAAGUUUUGAUACAUACAGGGAGUAUAAGUGUCAUAUAUUUCAGUGAAUGGGUCUUUGAAUAAAAAUAUAGUUGCUCAUUAUUUGAGACCCUUUUUCGCGGUGCCGCUUUUACGUCCAUCACCGAACAACAGCUCGAAUCAUCAUCAUGUUAAUUGAGGCACAACUCUGAAUUAAGCCCGGAAAUAUUGAGUUUGAACAUGGAUGUACUUCGCAUGAACAAUCCAUCCCUUUUUAUUGUGCGUAGUUUGGACUGUUAUGUUUCUGAAGGAAGAAAUCAGACUUUCUCUCGUGGAGAGUCGUUCAGCAUUCAACUUACAAGUUCGCUAUUGGUGCAAGACAUGUGGCCUUGUUCAAGAGAAGUCGGUCGCAAAGCAAGGCGCAAAUUUCGCGAGUGCAUAGUUUAGAGAACUGCUUACCGGGAACUGAAGCAGCUCAGAAAAUAGAUGCUGCUAAAUAAAUAAUUUAUUCAUAAUUGCAUAUGCUUGUACAUAAAUGGUGUGCCUGAAUAUUAGAGGUAGCACGUUUCACUCGGAGUGAACUUCGUAUAUAGCGUGUUUUAAAGUUUAGUGUUCAUUUUCAAUCAGAUUUGUUCGCAUCAUUCAAAAUGAGCAAAGCUCAUGUCGAGAAGGCUUUCAAUGGAGAAGUCUCCGAUACCAUCGGCGAGCCGGCAAAAACGAAAAGAACCAGAAUGAGAAGAACGUCUGGAGAAAUGGGACAAAGAUUUGCAAUCAAGAAAAUUGAACGUCAGGGGGUUGAGAAAACGAGCGGAGAAACGAAAGAACAUGUAAAGGUUGGGCAACUCGGGCCGGCGACUUUACGAAACAAAUUAUCCGUUGCUCCCAAGGAGAGAAGAUGUGUCUCUGACGAUGUUACUAAUAAAGCAAAUACAGAUGUUGUGAAUGAAGCCUCUGUGAGCACUAAACGGUCAGGAUCAAGAUUUCACGUAACGAAGUUGCCGUUACCAGUGUCUAUAUCUGAUAAAGAAAGCUCUUCCACAGGUGAAAAGUCGCACUAUGUUCAAGAAGAUAGUAAAGCAAGGACUAGUAAAAUGUCAUUGGAUGCUAAGCAAAGUGAUGCAAGUAGGAUAGAUUCAGCUAGAGAUUUUCACCUGAAAGAAUUUGAGCCUGAUGAUUUUCAGGCUGGGGGAUCCAAAAAGAAAGAAACACCAUUUCUGAUAGGAAGAUAUUUUGGCAGUGCUGCUGAAGGAAAAAGUGAAACCAUUGACAGUGUGCUUUCAGACACAGGAAUUAAACUUCAGCUUGAAGGGGAAAUUAAAGAUAUACAACAGGAACAGAAAGUGAAUGAGGUAGAAGAAAAGGCUGUAGCAACUUCACCAAACAAUCGUUUUCUUAAAUUUGAUGUUGAGAUUGGCCGAGGAUCUUUCAAGACCGUAUACAAGGGACUUGACACUGAAACUGGUGUUGCAGUGGCCUGGUGUGAAUUGCAGGACAAGAAAUGGAAUAAAAAUGAACGACAGAGAUUUAAAGAAGAAGCCGAAAUGUUGAAGGAAUUACAGCAUCCCAACAUUGUGCGAUUUUAUGACUACUGGGAAGAACAAAACCAUCGCAACAGGAAAGUCAUCAUCCUAGUAACAGAGUUGAUGACAUCAGGAACUCUAAAGACAUACCUGAAAAGAUUCAAGAAGAUUAACCUCAAAGUACUCAAAAACUGGUGUCGACAGAUAUUGAAAGGAUUGUAUUUCCUGCACACUCGCACACCACCUGUAAUUCAUAGAGACUUAAAAUGUGACAACAUCUUCAUCACAGGCACUACAGGCUCAGUUAAAAUUGGUGACCUGGGCUUGGCCACGCUUAAGAACAAAUCUUUUGCCAAGAGUGUUAUAGGUACGCCAGAGUUCAUGGCACCAGAGAUGUAUGAAGAACACUAUGAUGAAGCUGUAGACGUAUACGCAUUUGGAAUGUGCAUGCUUGAGAUGGCAUCUUCAGAGUACCCAUAUAAGGAGUGCACCAAUGCUGCCCAGAUAUAUAGGAAAGUCACUAUGGGGAUUCGUCCUGAAGCUUUUGCUAAAGUAGAAGUUCCCGAAAUCCGUGAUAUAAUUGAAGGAUGCAUUCAGACCAAGAAAGAAGACAGGUACACUGUGAAGGACCUACUCCAGCAUGACUUCUUCCUGGAAGAUACUGGAGUCAGAGUGGACCUUGUGAGUCGUGAGGAGGAUGUUGAGGAGCAGGACACAAUUCAGUUAAGGCUAAGAGUGGUGGAUGCUAAGAAGCGAAAAGACAGAUACAAAGAAAAUGAGGCCAUUCAGUUUGAUUUUGACCUUCAGACAGACCAGCCAGAAGAGAUAGUUCAGGAACUGGUUAAGAAUGGCUACCUGUUCGAGGAUGAUGCCCGACUGGCUACCAAGCAGAUACGAGACAAGGUGGCUCAAGUGAAAAAAGAGAGGGAGCGGCGGUGGGGAGAGCUUGGCAGCCAGCAGAAUCUCUCAUCUACAGGACUAGACUCUAGCAGCCAGCAGCAGUUACAACCACAGCAAAGUGAUGGACAGACAAGUUUGGAGAUUCCAAAUACUUGUCCUACCCUUGUUGCACAAGCUCAGCAACCACAGCAGCAGCUUCAGACUAACUCAGUUACUACCACUUCUGUACAAAACACCUUGCCUGCCCAGGCUACUCAGCCAUUGUCACAGCAGCCAGCGAGUGUAACUGCAGAGGUCCGACUUACUGAUGGAACAAUAGCCGGGACAGAAUCCACAGAUUCACCGCCAGCCACCUUCUAUGUUGAUUCUCAGCAGCAGGCUGCUUCUGCUGCGGUGGUGUCUCAGUCUGCACAAUCAGAAGCAAGUCAGGUGUUGUAUAGCAGUAUGAACACACAGGAGACUAAAUCACCCCAGAAACCUGCAGCUCAAACACAAGGCCCAGUCCAGAUUGUUUCAAACACCCCAGUUAAGAGCAGGUUACUUGCAAAGGCCUCAAAUUUAACUCAUCUUGACUUGACAGCAGCACAACAACUGCAGCAGCAGCCUUCACAACAGGUUUCCGCCCAGAGCCAAUCUGUAGCACACAGCGCGAGUGAUGGAAUUUCUGUCCCAUUCAGCUCAACUCCAUCACUGGUACAGUCUCAGACUUCUCAACUGGUAGCCAGUCAUUCUGCAUCAUAUCUUACUGAUGAGGCAUCACUUUCAAACCGGGAAAGUGAAACUGAAAUGACCAUCACCACGGAUAAAAGGAAGAAAACUAAAGUGAAACGUAGGAAAACUGUGGACAGAUCCCCAAGAGUAACGGUUCUGAACUAUCAGGAGGUGGAGCAAGAAGUAGAGUGUCGUCUUGAGCUUUCCAACAGAAACACAAUCACCUUCAAGUUUGCUAUACAGAAUGAUGAGCCUGAAGAAAUAGCAGAGAACUUGAUGGCCGAAGACUUACUACAUGAAACUCAGGUGACAUCGGUGGUGGAGCUGCUUCAUGCAGUUGUCACUGAGGUUUCUGAGAACAGCACAGAGGCUGUAGGAUGGUGCUUCUGCUUCAUUAGCAGCACUUCUGGCAGUUCACGCACCAUACAUAAAACAAAAGUCACUGGUGGUGUGGAACAUGAAAAGAGACUGGAUGAGCCAGUGACUGAAGAAUCUUCCUCCAAAAGCAAGAAUGACAAGGACCAAAAAGCAGAAGGAGAUGGACUUGAUCCUGGUAGUUCCAAGAUAAUUGUCAGCAAGAGCAAACGUUUUGUAGUUAACAAAGUAGAUGACCGUCAGCUGUCGGAGACCCGUAUUGCUGAGGAUGAAGAAGAGGAGACUACCACCUCACCUGACAAUCAACCCCUGCCAGGGUCCUCGGCUAUUUUUGGCUUGGAAUCAGAAGAUCAGCAGCGCUCAUUUAAAAGUACUACAAGGCCAUCUGUCCCCAUAAAUAUCAGCGACCUUCAGGACAAGCUGAGCCGAAUUCACACUGCUCAAAAGCCCUCUACCUUAGGUGCACAAAAUUCUAUAGGGGAAGGAAGUGUAACUGUUACAUCUACUGCUGGUCACUCAGAGCAGGUGGCAAGUACUUCAGCAAUCUCACAGAGUCAAGUCAGUGUGCAGCCUAUAGUUCAUGCACGUCCAUUGGUCCCAGGGUCUCAGCAGGUGCCAACAACUUCUGGUACCCAGCAAGUGGCAGGAGCUUCAGGUGCUCAGCAGGUGUUGACAACUCCAGGCAUCCAACCAGUGCCGGCAACACCUAGCAUUCAGCCCAUACCAGCAACUCCAGGUGUCCAGCCAGUGACAGGUGUCUCAGGGAUUUCUCAAGUACCUGUUGGCUCAGCUGCUAUUUCACAAACCCAGCCCCAGCAACAUUAUUCCUUGCAACAGACUCAGGCCAUGUCACAGCCUCAGCAGCCAGUCCUACAGCCAGGUUUACCGCCUCAACAGACUGCACCACUGGGUCAAGUUGCCCAUACUCAGCAAUCAGUCCCUGUUGCAGCCUCUUCCACCCAUCAGUCAAGUGGAGCAGAUGGCCUCAUAAAAAACCCUGAUGGUGUCCAUGCACACACACAACCUCAUCUACCCAACAUAAGUCAGAUUCCACAUCAAUACCUAGCAUCUGUGCCGCAUGUAACUCCUCAUUUUCCACACCUGUCCAGUUACAAUUAUCCCCAGUACUUCCCAAACCACCAGUUACAGAGCAUGCAGCAACUGUGGCAGAUGUGCCUUCUCUAUCAACAGAUCUUGAACCAGCAUCAACACAUCAUGCAGACUGGACAACACUACAUCCCUCAAACAAGUCAAUCACUACGGCCUGGUCAGACUUUUGCAGGACACAUACCUCAUGGUCCAGGCAUGCAACAGUCAAACCCUGUUAGCCAGACAUCAUCAAACCAAGCAACAGCUGAAACCUGCUUUUCACCGCUGCGAGUUGUUUCACCUCCACGUUCACCAACAAACCCUCGUAGAGUAAUCCGAGAUGAAACAGUCCAGGAAGGGAUAGAUUAUGGAGGAGUGCCAGGAAGCAGAAACAAACAAGAAUUGGCAAACUUGGUUCACUUAGAGCAAGCCCUUAUCAAGACCAUACAUGGCAACAGGAAAGACAUGGUUCCUCCUUUGUCUGCUAUGGCACCUGGUGCAGGCAUAUCACAGGGAGAGAUGCUGGCCGAUCCUCUUGAGCACUAUCGUCAGUCGGACACAGAUACCUCUUUAAGGGCCAGUUAUGAAUCUGCGGCAUCGGAGCAUAACUUUCUGCGUGGUGGACCUACAGAGAGCAAAUCUGAGCCAUUGUUGCAUCAGGGCCAGCAUGUGGUCCGGGCCCGAUUUUUAGUAGAGGCUGUGCGCAAUGAUCCUUUAACUGCCUCAGAUGUUGCAGAGAGUAAGAACCAAGAAGGAAGUGCACUAGGAGAUGGUUACACCUCUUCUGAAGGUAGCAUUACUUCUGAAAAUACAUUACCUAAGGUCAAGGGGCGUUUCAAAGUGACAACCGUGACAGAUAGCAAGACAGAAGCGUCAGAUUCCUCUUGUGGAAGCUGCAGCCAAGAGAAAGCCCAAAAUGCUGAGGAGGAAGGUGUUGGUGUUACUAGUGUAGCUUCUAAUUCUUGCCUCCCUCAUGCUGCAUUAUUCCCCACUGCUACUACUAACAAGGAGGAAGGGUGUCAGCAGACCCAAAGCUUGCCUACUAAGCAGCCAAGUGUAAGUAAUGGCAGUCAUUGCUCUUUCUUGCUUAGGUUUCAAGAUGCUAGUGGCAGACCCAUCACCCCUGAUGUUGAUUCUAUCUUAAGUAUUCAUCGCUUAAACAGAGCUAGUUCUCUUAGAGUACCUGGGUCGGGGGAUGAUAGUGGUGUCUUGAAGAGGCGCUCUGCUUCUUUUGGUCAUUUGCCUCCCCAUGUACCUGAUAGGCCAUGUGCUGGUGAAGCAUUGCAUGCAUCUGGUGAAGGGGCUUUUCUUAACCCACUUUGGCCUAGCAGGGUUACUGUUUCAACGCAGAGCAAUCUGAUUCGGCGUUGUGAGUCGCCAUCAGUUGAUUCUUUUGACAUGGCUACUCAAACAUCUCCUGCUCUACAGAGAGAUCGACCUCCUUUUCGGAGGAGUCAUUGUGUUGAAAGUCUGGAUGGUGAUGACGACAAAGAAGAUCAUAAAAAACCCUACAUCUUGGAAGAGGAUCCGGAAUACCGCGAUAUGAUAAACAAGCACCAGCGGGAGAGUGAUGAAUUGAGGCGGCGUCAUCAGAUGGAGGCAGAUGCCUUUUUACAAAAGAGAGGACUUAACAUGUCCAACCUGAUCAUGCCUAGUACUACCCCAGUUGCUUCACCCUAUUUUGGUCUUCAUAUGGAUACUCUGUCUUCUUUCCCAUUGCCCUCUGCCACUGGUCCAAACCAGCAGGUGGACAAUCUUCCUGGUUCUCCAAAGACCACCCAUGAAUCAACAGAGCAGGUCAUCAACCAGGCAGCAGAAAAGCCACGGAAACUGUUCCCAGAAGAAAUGCUUAAAUAUACUGACCUCUCCCGCCAGCUUCAAUCUCACCCCAAAGCUGAGCAGAAGAAAUCAUUAAUUGAGUUGAAAUUAGACCGCAGUAUUCCAGGAUGGGAUUUGUCUUCAGAUAUCCAUGAGCAUGCUGGAGAGAUGGGCUCCAAUGCUAGCAGUCGUAAAUCCAGUGUUGAUCUCACAGGCUCUCAGUCCUCUAUUCCAGAUGUGGUUCGUCAACACCAGCAGUUUCAGAGUGCAGCUGGGGGGACAGGCAUCCACCAGGUUCAUUCCCAACCUCAUCUAUCUACACAUACCCACCAGCCAAUAAGCCAGCUUAAUGCAGUUUUGGGUUCUCAUGCAUUUCCUCCUUAUUUAUAUGGCUUUCAUGGACUCUACCCUAACUUCCCUGGCACAGGGAGUCAUGGCCACCAGUUGCCCUUUCCUCUGCUCCCUAGCAAUGCAUUUGUGAUCCCCCAGACCCCUGGUCAUGGUCACUCCAUUCCCACUGUACCCCCCCAGCAAAUACAGUCACAGGCAACUUCUCAGCUUCCACUGCAACCAUCUGUACAUGCUGUUCAUCACAGGUUCCACCCCAGCCAUCAAUGGCACAAGUUUCAAAAGCUACGUCACAGUCAUUGGGAUCUCAGUCCCAGCCAGUUGGAGUGGCAAGGUGGUGGGACAGUGGGGAAACAACAGCCCGUAGGUGGAGUACAACAUGCAUUAACUAAUACAGUACCAGAUUUGGUAGCACCACAUGGAGAUGCAGCUGCUGCUGGGAGAGUGGCACAGAAUGUUGCAGGCAACACUUCAACCACCUCCUGUCAAAGUCUGAAUGCUGAGCCAGCUGUCAUCAACCAGCCAGGCAAGACAGUUUAAUUUAGAGUACUUUCCAGUUGUCUUUCAUCUUGUCAGGGGAAAAUCAGGAUUGUUUUCUGUAAUUUUGGGGGGACAGAUAAUUUGCUGUGGUCUCUCAGCUUGUGUUCCCCUGUCCUUGAACAUGUUUAAGGGAGGUCUCAAAUAAAUUGUUGUCCUGGCCUGUGUCGAGACAGGAAACUUGCAAUUCAUUGUUAAUUGAAUUGCAUUCCUUAGUGUCUUUUGACCAGCAUUGCCUUUGUUCUGCUUAAAAUAUUUCUGUACUUCUAUGAUCUAGGUUAUCAUCUUGUCUUUCCCUCACGAUUUAGUUCAGUGAUUAAGUGCUUUGUGUGGUCCUUGUUUAAAAUCUUGUGCUAAUAAGCAUGGCUUGUGGUAGGGAAAAUAUUGAACAGGAAUGACUGAUUUUGAUAGUCAUAAUUUUACCUUGCACAUUGAUCCCAGUAUUAAUUUUUGCAGACCUUUAUUGAACGCUGUGCAGUCAAGAUUGCACUAGGCAUGGCUGAUGUGGCUAAAGAGGCUGAAAAGUGUAUUCUGCUUUAACAUGGAUUGCAAGCCCAUGUCAGUGAUAGUACUUUUACUUGAUGGGUCCAGAAUGGUUUUGUUUUUUUCUAACUCUUUCGUUAAUGCUCAUUUGCAAUGAAGCAUAUACACAGUGUAUCAAAUCAAGAAAUGGUACUUCUGUAUGAUCACUUUUUUUUCUAAGAUGAAUAAAAACAAUCUAAUCCCAUUCCAGUUACCUUUCAACGUGUUUGUAAAGAAUGAUUUGAGACUUGUUGGUUAGUAGGAUGGGUUCUUAUACAGUAUAAAGUACAAAGGUUAACCUCACUGACACCAAAUAGUUUUUGUCUUUCCCUAGAGUUUAAAGAUGCAAGAGGUUCAGUGAAAUGUACUUUUGAUCAAUGUUUAGCAGUGUCUACUUAACAUCAACUGCUCACUGCCUUCUUUUUAAUAAGUAGUAACUUUUCUGAUUUAACUGCUUAAUGUCUUUAAUGUCAGAGAUAAUUUUGUUGCUGCUGUGACAGAUUGCUCUUACAGAAAUAAAUCAAGAAGCAAAAUACCAAAAAGGUAAAAAUGUAUUAAGCAGUAACGCUUGAUGGACAUGAGUAAUGCAACAUAGUCAAGAUAGGGAAAAUUGUGUAAGGAGACCAGACUUCUUAUAGUUUGGCUGGCUGACCUUUUCUGCCUCUGGUCCUUUUACCUGAAAUAAACAAACUGCCACUCUAUAUUAGCAGAAAACCUGCUCUCUCUCUCUCUUCCUUCAAAAUGUCUCUUAAACCUUAUAUUUUUCUCCUUCUAUAAUGUAUGUCUGUGUGUAGUAGGUGUGUGUGCACAUGUGUUCAUGGUUUUUUUUUUUUAAUGUGUGCAUCAUAAAUUGCUGUAGCAAAAAAGGGUGUUAUAUAAAUACCUUAUUUUUAUUAUUACUUCACAUUGUUAAAGUUGGGUUUGUAGGUAAUGCUACACUAGUAUCACUUCAUGUCACUCUCUUCUGAUUUAGUAGUGCUGUUACCAUGACCCACCCCCACCCCUCCAAAAAAGAAAAAAAAUUCAGAAACUAAAAAGACACCAAAAUUGAUAGUAUGCUGCUGAAAAAAAUAGCAACAUAAAAGCAAAGCCAGGUUUUUAUUUAAUUUUUUUUACAGCAAUUACAUUUAGCAUUCAUGUUAGUAGGUUAAAACCAUAGUGUGUUGAGGAUAGUUCUUUAAAGUUGAUCCUUGUGCAGCCUGGGUCAGAAAUAAAUAUGCAAAAGCGAAGAAUGGGGAGCAUAUCAUUAUAUAAGUUGUAACCAUCAUGGGGUUGGUAUAUUUGAGUAAAUGGGCAUCAGUCUCGCUGCUUAGGAAUGCUUAUAGAUUUAUCAUUAAAAUAAAAUUACAUAUGCAUCAUAAUGGAAAUUCACCAUAAGGUUUUUAAGUAUCUAGUUGCCUUUAUAGAUUAGUGAAAAGUAAAUGUGGAAGGCAUUUUUGUAUGCCAGCAAUUUCUGUAUCAAGAUUUUCACAAGCUGUAAUACAGCAGAAUGGUAACUACUCAGUUAACUUAGGGAUUGUCUCCAAAAUUGAAACCAGCUAUUGUGUAGCAGGCUUUUGUGUUGGUGCUGUUGCACUGAAGGUUUAGAAAAUGGUGUGAAGUACAAGAACUACUUUGCUACUCAUGUCCAUGCAAGCAUUUGGCUAAAAUCACUUUUAAAAAAUAUGCCUUUUGGUUUUGCUCUGAUUUUUGUUCUCAAGUAUAACAUCAGCAUGACAAACAUUGUCACACAAAAAUUUUCCUCACAUCUUUUGAAAAUGUAUAGGAUUGUUACAUAUAAAAGUGUGUGUGGAGGGGAGGGGGCUUGCCAGCCUAAUAUUGUUGACAAAAUAAAAGCCAUUGUAUUGGUGUCUCAUUCCUUUAUGGUGCCACAGGGUUCUUCCUUCACCCCUAUGUAUUGCCAUUUUGCGAAUAUUUCAUUCCAUUUGAAACGUGUUUCACAGUGAAAGACAAUCAGAUUUUUUUUAUCUCAUUUAACAAAAUGCAAAUGACUUGAGUUUUUUGGGGGGAAAUUUCCAGUUAUACUUGACAUAGCUUGCUUUUUCUUUUUCUUUCUGUCUCUAAUAUGUAUAACUAAAGGCCAUGGCCAUGAUCGUUGAAGCUAAGUAUACCUGUGCAUCUGAUAAAUGAGUGUAAGCAGCAAUAUCAGGUAUAUGUGAAGUAAAGAUGGGAGUUAACUUGUGCAGAUGUCAAGCUAAUGUAUAUGUAAGUAAGCCAAGGAUCACCGAGUUGACAUUGGAUUGUGUUGCAGCAGUAAAUAAUAUUUUAGUGUCAGACUGUUUGUACUUGGCGUGUGAUCAUUAAUCAUGUUCUUUGUACCUUUGUUACAUUUAUUUCAUUCAGCUUACAAACAGGCUGUAAAGCUUCAAAUUUUUUUAAAUUUCAUUCUUAGUGAUUAAACUAGUAGAAUUUUUUUUUUACGUAUAAGUGGUAACAGCAUAGUCAUAAUAAUAGUCUUCCCCCUUUUUUCUGAACAAGAAUGUCAAUUGUGAAUCUGUAUCAGAUAAACUGCCAAAGUUAAUGACUAGGAACAUAUACAUGUUUUUUAAUUAAGUUUUAGUAACAUUGCAAAUAAUGUGGUUGCUUUUUCUAGAAUUUUGUAAAACUGCUAACUUGCAUAUACCUGUACAGUCAUGAAAUUGUCUUGUAUUAGAUGUGGCAUUUAUGUACACUGUAUAUGUGAUAAGUUGAACAUUUCCUUCUGUUAUUUCAUAUUUUGUUGUAAUUUGAUCAAGCAGACUUUUCACAGGUUCUGGCAUGAAUAUGACUAGUUAUCCAUGGCCUUGUUAUUUUCUUAUUUUAUUUAUUUAUUUUUUUUUAGCUUUCCAUUUUUAGCUCACUUAAUUCACUUUUGGGAAAAAGCAGGGCUUCUGCUUACGCAAAAAAUUGCGUACAGUACGCAUUAAAACGUUCGGAGGACCCCUUCAAUUUUCGUCAAUGGGGUCCCAUUCAAAUUUGUGCGAAGAACAGGGACCCCUUAAAAAUCUUAAGAAAGGGUCCCUGGGACCCUUAAGAAUUUAGUCCUUAGCAGAAGCCCUGAAAAGUAUUGCAAAAUCUGUCACCAAGAUUUCUUUUGUUGCUGUCUCAGCUUUUGAGGAUAAAUUUUAAGAUCAAGAUCUUUUUCUAAAAAAUUUUUUUAGGAAGCACUGGCGGUGGCUAAGAUGUUUUUUCGUAAGUCUGGGGUAUAAAUGAAGAAUGUAACAUAUUUAAAGUCAUUAACUGUGUAAGAUAUGACCAAGGCAAAAUGUAAUGGGAAUCACUCAAAGCUGGUAUUGAAAAAUGUUUCAGAGUACACAAUUAUCUUUCAGAUGCUUGUUCACUACAUACGUGACAAAGAAUUUCCAAAAGUCACUAGCUUGAUAGAGCCAGUGUGUCUGUGUUGGCAAUGCAUUUAACGGUAGCAGUAAUAACUGUUUUCUCUCCUCCAUGGUCAUUUAGCUUGCUGCCAUGUGUAAUGAAGAGUGAAAUAAGCAUGUGCAGCCUGACCUUUAACGCAUGCAAUAAAAAAAAACCAUAUCGUGACUUGCUUAAUUCAAGCCCGCCGUUUCACAGCCUGAAAUGAAAAAAUGUUUAAAACAGUGAAUGUUUAUUGUAAUUGGUGCUACUGAUGUGUUGAGUUAUAUUGGCUUAGUAUUAUUAUUUAAUGUGAUUGCCCUGUUAAAGUGUUACAUUUUUUCUAGCUAGUUCUCAAAAUAUAGAUUUUUGCUUGGAGAAGUAGAUGUAGAAUGAGGAGAAAAUCUGUGACUGUGUGAAUGUUCUCUGUAAAACACUUUCUUUAAUGAUUGUGCUAAGGCUUUUAGUCUAAGAUUUUUUUUGGUAGACAAUUUUUUAAACCAAAUGAAAACAAAGUUCUUUGUUUAGCUAAGAAAACUGUAGCUGAAUUGAGUCCUUCCAGAACAUGAUCUUUGCUCAAAAACUGUAAAUGCUGGGGAUUUUAAGUAAGACUCAGUAAAAAAUGCAUCAAUAUUGUGAUUACAUAUUCUGUGAACACGACAUUUAUUUUGUUGCAUUUAACUGUAAAACAUAAACUCUGUAUUAUGUGCUUAUCAAACAUACUUGCUAUUUGUCCAUGCGAUUAAUGUGCUACUAACUCUUAUCCACAUUCAUAAAGAAUAUCCACUAGCAUCUUUAAACGUGUGCUUAUUGAAUAAAAUCCCUUUUUCUUAGUGGCAAAAGCAGAUGCAAACUCUCUCUCUCUUUUUAUAGAUACACACACACUCAUUUUUAUCUGAAUAUCUCUGCAUGCUGCCAGGACUAUUUUAGGACAUUUUCAGCUUUGGGGAGGAGAUGCAGGUGUGUGGCAGUCUGGUAAGCCUAUUUAGGUUUUCCUAUUUAUAUGACUUAAGUAUGGUCUUUGAAAUUGUGUACAAUGUAAAUAGGGUAAAUAAAAAAGUUGCAAGAUGGCCGAAAACUGUAAAUGUUGGUAGGCUUAAUAACUGCACAAACUCCACUGAAAGCAUGUCAUUUAUGUGAUCGAAACUACAACGUAUGCAUGUUAAAUGGGUUCAAAGAGUUGAAAAUUGUGGCAUGUAUAUGUGAAAUAGGUUCUUGGUGCAAUGUCUGGUCUGUUAAGUCACCAUUCACUUAAACUGGUGAUGCAGAAGUAGCCCACUGUAGCUAUUGUUGUAAAUAAUUAUGUAAAUAGAUGUUGAAUACAGUGCUAUUUAUCAUAAUGGUGUGUAUGUAAUCCACUUUUCCCUUCACCCCACCACCAGAAAUGGUUUUGUAUCUGAAUAGAAAUUGUGCCACAUUUAUUACAUCUGCAUUUGUUUCUUAUGGACUGAAAGCAGUUAUUAGGUGCAUUAACAUGUUAGAACAACUUUUUGACUGUUGGUGCUUCUUGGGCAGACAGAGUGUUACACAAACAAGAGCUUUUUCCCGUAAGCUUUGUUCAUUAAAAAAAAAAAAAAUGUAUACUUCAAAAGUCUCAUUUAGGAUGGGUUCUAUACAGCAGCAGGUUAGCUGUAGAUAUUGUUAGUGUGUGCAAUCAUUGACAGUAAUAAGAUUGCUUAAGAACAAAACAUGCCUUAAAUGAUUUUUUAAAAACCCACCAUAAUUUAUGUGUGUUUAUUAGGCAAUUUAAAGAUGAUGAAACUACACAAAAGCAAGUUUGUGUUUCUGCUGAUCAGUCCACUGAACAAAGCUAGCAUAGCUUAGUGCUAAAUUUUCAGUUACUGCUUUUAAGGCAUGUAGUAAGAGGCAGCAUCAGUUGAUUAUUUUAUUUUUUGUUUGUUUUUUUUUUUUGCCACAGAGUUUCGGAUCUUUAUUUGAAUGCUUUUUAGUGAGUGCUAACCUUCUCAUGUGUGCACAUCUUGCCAUGAAAAGCAUCAGUUGUGAUUACAUAGCAGACAGCCAAAUCAUUUCUGUAGCAACGGUCAGGAAGACCUGCUUUAAGCCUUGUUCCAGAAAAAUGCAUUAAUGAUGAAUUCCAUGAAAAGCCAAAAACUAUUCCAAUUAUGUGAUGUAGUAGGAGUGAAUGCAGUAUCUGGCAUGAUGACUGAAAUAAUGAUUUGUGUGUGCAGCAUGAACUGUUAAGGUACAGCAGUUUCCAGGAUUAAAGUCACUCAGAAACUAACCAUCCACAUCAUCAUUUGUCUUGAACUUAGAGUUCCAGUGGAGACCUCAUUUCUCUUCAGAAUGCUUCAGUUUAGUUUUUGGUUUUUUUCUUUUGGCAGGUAGUGAGAUUUGUAUGGAAAUGGAAAUUUCAAGUAAUGUUGAAAGUUGUACUUUUUAGAAAUGAGAUUCAGAACUAGUAGCAAUAGGAGACUUUUCCUAAGUGGCCUGAAUUUUGAUAUUUUUUACUGGGUGCAUACUGAAACAUCAUGAUGGAGAGACUGCAUAUAAUUUACCAGACUGAAGGGAAUCUAUGAUUGUUGAGAGUUUGUAGCAGUGAUCAUUCUGUUGACAGAACAAUAAUGCCAUCGGCAAAUGACUGAUGUACACCUUGGGCAUUGUAGUAGAUUAUAGCUUCUUCAUUGGACUCUGUGAGUUCUUGAUCCCCCCACCCCACCCCCGUUGAAAAUAAAAAAUGUGCAUUUUUCGUCAUUAGACGCUUUAUGUUUUUCAGUGUUUUGUUGAACCAGAUUAGACAAUGUGUACAUUGUUUUCCCACUCGCUUCCAUUUUGGCAUCAUGUGGUAUGUACUUCAUGUCUUUGAUGCAUGUGCUGCAAAAAUGUUAAGACUUUUGGACUGAGUGAAACUGAAGCUUGUAACAAUUCAUGUUAUAUUUUUCAUGGCUUGAUAUGCAUGACCCAUAUGUUGCAAGUGGCUACAAGAUAAUGUAUUAAUGACACUGAUAUUAAGCAAUACUCUGUAGGCUGAAAACAUUUAAGCUUGCAGGUGCAUCUUUAAUACCACAAAUUUCACUACUUAUUGCAGAAUGUAUUGUCUCAUAUUCACACUUAUAGGAACUUAACUUGUUCUUCUGUAUUUAGCACACUUUAUUUAAUUCUGAUAUUUCUUAUGGCAGUUUAUCUAGUACUGAAUGGUCUGGUUUUGUUAAGUGACAUUGAAAAAUUGAAAGGUUUAAGUGCAAACUGAUAAAAAAGAUUGGUUUAUUUCUCUAUGUUCUUUUGAAAUUAACCCUCUAGGUCAAAAGCAAAAACUGGUGCAAAAAUGUUUACAGUGGCUGUUAAACCAGUUCAGGGUUAAAAUGGGCACUAGGUGCUUGCAGUGUCUGUAACCAACCUUUCCAAUAUUUUAAGGUUGAUUUAAACAAUUUGUAAGACUUAAAGGUAUUGAACUAAAGAUGUUAUGGAAAGAAAUGCACCAUUUUCUCCCUCUUUGUACAUCCUGGGAAGUGUCGGUGAACAUUAAAAUAACCAGACAUAUAAAGACAGAACCCUUGGCUGAUCAAGUCCAUGAAGGUGUCAGCCAUCAGUACCUUUCGAGAUUAAUGCAGUUUGGAGAAAUUGCAGCUGGUGACUUCGAGGGUUGUACAUUGAUGAUAUGUGUGAUACAGUAAGAAACAGCAUAACUUCAUAAUAGUUCCUUGUACACCACAUUUUGUAAUGAAACUUGAGAGUGCACUGCAUGCGUGCAUACACAACACAAAUUUCCCCAGCAGAUUUGCCAGUUAGAUUGCAAUAUUUCAAUAAGAUAAAAAUACUUAAUAUUGUGAUAAAUAGGGAAUGACAAAAUUGAUUUGUGUUAAUGAUGCUAUAUUUUUGAAAUAUGCUCAAUGCAAAAUAAAAGCUUUUGCAUUAUG